AUGGAACAAAGAAACAAUGUGACUGAGUUUAUUCUCUUGGGACUUACUCAGAGCCUCCAGGGUCAGAGAGUAUUAUUUGUUGUGUUCUUGCUCAUCUACAUUUUGACAAUGGCAGGCAACCUACUCAUUGUCGUGACUGUGGUGGCCAGCCCAACCCUGGAUGUUCCUAUGUACUUCUUUCUUGGCUACUUAUCCUUUAUGGAUGCUGUGUAUUCCACUACAGUCACCCCAAAUUUGAUCAUAGACUUACUCAUUGAGAAGAAAACCAUUUCCUUCCAAGCAUGCAUGACCCAGCUUUUUAUAGGGCACUUAUUUGGUGGUGCUGAGAUUUUACUGUUGGUGGUCAUGGCCUAUGACCGCUAUGUGGCCAUCUGCAAACCCUUGCAUUACUUGACCAUCAUGAAUAAACGGGUGUGUGUUCUGCUGCUGCUGUUGGCCUGGGUUGGGGGUUUUCUGCAUGCUGUAGUUCAACUUCUCUUUGUUUACAAUCUUCCCUUCUGUGGUCCCAAUGUCAUUGACCACUUCAUCUGUGACAUGUACCCCUUACUAAAACUUGCCUGCAGGGAUACCUAUGUUAUUGGCCUCACUGUUGUUGCCAAUGAUGGGGCAAUUUGUGUGGUCAUCUUUAUGGUCUUACUCAUCUCCUAUGGGAUUAUUCUUCACUCCCUGAAGAAUCUUAGUCAGGAAGGGAGACGUAAAGCCUUAUCUACCUGUGGCUCCCACAUUACUGUAGUGGUACUCUUCUUUGUACCCUGUAUUUUUAUGUAUGUUAGACCUCCUUGUACCCUACCCAUUGAUAAAUCCUUGACUGUGUUUUAUACCGUUGUCACUCCUAUGUUAAACCCCCUCAUCUAUACUCUGAGAAAUGGAGAGAUGAAAAAUGCUAUGAAAAAGGUCUGGACCAAAAAAAGAAAAUGA